AUGCCGCGCCUAGGUCUACCUGCUGUGCUGCUGCUGGGCACAUGCGUACGGGUCUUCCUGUACGCCGUGCCAUGUAUACACGCGACACUAUCGACCCGUCCCGAGUUGGCGACAUCCGUCUCGUCCUUUCGCCGCCUACAGGAGGGAGUUUUUCUCUUCCAGUCCACAGGCUCGCCCUACUCUGGGGACGUGUAUCAUCAGCCCCCGCUGCUCUUCGCUCUACUGUAUCCAGUGCUGCAGAUAACCCCAGCGUCUCUCCAAUACUUUAUGUCAUGUGCUGUAUUUGUUAUCGUGGAUCUAUUACUCGCAAUGGGCUUCGCUCGCCUCUGUGAAAAAAAUUUGAAGCUGGAGGAGGGACGUCGCUGCGUAUUUGAGGAUAAGGAGAUCUGGCUCACUCAAAUCCCCGUUUCGCCACUGUUUAAGCCUCAAAAUCUGUCAACGACAGUGGCUUUUAUUGCAUUGAUGAAUCCAUAUUCCCUGGCCUCAAGUGUAGCCAUGUCCACAGUUGGGUUUACUCAUUUGGCGGUGCUCUACAGUUUGGUCUUCGCCUCAGAAGGCGCUAUGGCUGCGUCUAUGAUGUGUGUGGCGGUGGGCGCGUAUCUGUCCGUGUACCCAUGUUUCCUGAUUGUACCCAUCUUGCUGCUGCUACGCUCAGAAACGUACGUGUGGGUGGCGAAAUACUCGGAUUUGACCCCGAACGUUGGCAUUUUCUGGUACUUCUUUAUGGAAGUCUUCGACCGCUUCAUCCCGUACUUUCUCUUCGUGCUGCACUUGCAUCCAGCCAUUUACGUCGUCCCGAUCUACCUCCGACUAGCACAUCGUCCCCAAGCCUACGCCUGUGCGUUGAUCGGUAUCUUUUCUCUCUUCCAGGCGUAUCCUAGCUUCGGUGACUUUGGCUUUUUUCUCUCGAUGCUGGCGUUGCAUCCGAAGACGAUAAUGACGAUCGAGAACCGAUUCGUCUACGUGCUCGGCCUGGGUGUGGCUACAUGUAUGUUGCCCGUGAUGUGGUUCUUGUGGCUCUUUCCGGCCUCUGGCAACGCGAAUUUCUUCUACAACCAGACGUUGGUGUACCAGAUCUUCAAUACUCAAAUCAUCACAGCGUUCGUAGGAGCGACCAUGAAGCGCGACAAGGAAGUUGACAAGUACCGGGUUAGCCGCUUGAAAGAGCUGGAAAAAUCCAAGACCGUCGAAGCAAGUGAAUAA